AUGGAGCGGCCCACCGUCCAGCCUCUCCAGGCCAAGACAAUCGUCCGCCUGGGCACUGGGGGUUUGGCUUCACGGUGGAGACCUGUGGAUGGGGGUCCCCAAGGGUGCACAGACCCGCAGAUCCUAGCGAAAGGAUUUGGCCUUUCCCGGAUCCGGUCAAGGUACCAGACUCAGAGCGCCUUCCACGUGGGAACAGGCUGGAACGUGGCCCGCAGGGCAGUUGGAGAAGCUGCUGGCAGAGGAGCUGGCCGCAGCUGCAACCACAAGGAUUUACAGACAUGGCCGCUCACACCGUCUCAGAAGCAUCCUUCACCCCACCCCCCUAGUGGACCCACCUGGUGUGUCGCAAUUUCCAACUCUCCCUCAAUCGAGAUGGGACCCCUUUGA